GUGUUGCAGAGGCCCAGCUGGAACCAGCUUGUGGCCAACUGGCCCCCUCCACUCGAAUUGUGGGAGGUUCAGAGGCAGAGACAGGUACCUGGCCAUGGAUGGCAAGCCUGCAGCUCAUAGACUCGCAUGUUUGUGGGGGGACCCUCAUUUCCUCAAGCUGGGUCCUCACGGCUGCACAUUGCUUUGACAGUGGUCUCACGGAUCCCUCUCUGUAUGCCGUCCUGCUGGGUGCUUACAGACUCCUAAACCCUCACCCUGGAUCAGUGUUAGUCCCUGUGAAGACCAUCAUUAUCCACUCCAACUACUCAGAUCAUAGGACUGGCAAUGACAUUGCCCUUCUGGAACUGGAACGCCCCGUCAGAUUCACUGAUCGCAUCCAGCCUGCCUGUAUUCCAGGACGCUCCAUUGUCUUCCCUCCCAGGAUGGGGUGCUGGGUUGCAGGUUGGGGGAGCAUCAAGCAAAAUG